AUGGCUAGCACAAUCUGUGCCUCCGACUGUUCGGCCAGCCACGCGCUCAGCUAUUGCUGGCGAGCAUCAGCUGAAUCCGCAUCGACCGAUAGAUCGCAGGACAGCCAAUGGGCGUGCGACAGUGACUUCCGCCUCACCAGCGUGUCUCAAAUGCCGCGCUCUGAUUGCAUCGAGUCCGCAGGGUUAGAAUUGGGGGAAGUGUUUAGUUACGGAAGAUAUCCUGUUGAAGCCUCACCAAUGCCAGUCGUGAGCACUCAAGGUCCCGCAGCAGAGGCUGGGGAGACCUAUCCAACAUCGGCCGAGGCUUCGUCACCACUUCAACCGCCAGCCACCACCACUUCGAGUAAUCAGAACUCAAAUGCAAAAAUUCAGGAGCAAGUGAAGGUUGUCAUUAAUGACUUGGCCAAGAAACUUCACGUACCACCGUCAGCAGUUAUUGCGAUGGUGGUGGGUUUCAUUCUCUUCCUUCUCCUCAUUCUCUACUGCAUCUGCAAGCGGGGCAUCUUCAAGCGACGCAGGAAAGAAAAGGCUGGAAAGAAGAAGGUGGACAUGAAGUCGGUUCAGUUGCUGGGAAAACAGUUGGGCAAAGACCAAGGUGAUUUAGAAGCCUUGGAGGAGAAUAUGGAGGAUAACGAGGGGGUGACGGAGAAGGAGAAACAGAAUCUUGGAAAACUCCAAUUUUCUCUCGACUACGAUUUCACAAAAGGCGAGCUGACAGUAGGGGUGAUUCAGGCGACAGAUCUGCCAGGAAUGGAUAUGUCCGGCACCUCUGAUCCCUACGUGAAAGUGUAUCUCAUGCCGGAGAAAAAGAAAUUUGAGACCAAGGUUCAUCGCAAAACACUAAAUCCCGUAUUUAACGAGACCUUCUUAUUCAAGGUUCCUUAUGCCGAGGUUGCAGGAAAAACUCUCCGUUUUAACGUUUUUGAUUUUGACCGGUUUUCGAAACACGACCAAAUUGGACAAAUCGUCGUACCCCUCGGCUCGGUUGAUUUAGCGCGCGUGAUCGAGGAAUGGCGGGAUCUGUUACCACCAGAUGACGACGAAAAGGAGAACAAGCUUGGAGACAUUUGUUUCUCUCUGCGAUAUGUGCCCACAGCUGGAAAACUAACUGUCAAUAUCUUAGAGGCAAAGAAUUUGAAGAAAAUGGAUGUUGGUGGUCUAUCAGAUCCCUAUGUGAAAUUGUCCCUGAUGCUUGGAGGCAAACGAAUCAAGAAGAAGAAAACCACUAUUAAGAAGUGCACGCUAAAUCCAUAUUACAAUGAAUCAUUCGCCUUUGAAAUUCCGUUUGAACAUAUUCAGAAAGUAAUGCUAAUUGUGACGGUGGUUGAUUACGAUCGAAUCGGGACUUCGGAGGCGAUUGGUCGAGUAGUGCUCGGUUGUAAUGCCCAAGGUGCAGGCCUCCGUCAUUGGUCCGAUAUGCUAGCCAAUCCGCGCCGACCAAUAGCACAGUGGCACACACUGCAAGAGAUGCCAGAGAAGGGUUAA